AUGACAUACGGUUCAUGCUAUCCUUUCAAACCCCUUCAAGUCGUUCGUGAUAUUCAAUGCCGGCCGGCUGGCAGCCUCGGACUUAGUCUCUCUCAUCUUCUUGCCCUCUUCCAGACGCGCAUGAUAGCGUACCUUGCUCGGCCUUCUCACCGCCGAACCCCCCGAGCCCCAGGCCGAGGUGAAGGAUUCGAACGGAGUCCGACUUGGUACAUACCUACCUACCGGACUGAUAACCGGACGGACGAACAUCGGAGAUACACCCCAUCACCAAUAUGGAAGUUCCCGCAAGCUUUUGGUGGCGAUAUUUUGGUGUUGGUGUUGUGCUGCUGUGCCGUACAUCGCGUCUAA